AAACGCGGACAAGGAUUUAGAUUUUUCUUUCUUUUUCCACGAAACUCUGGGCGAGGCAGUACAAUUAAUCUAGUUUCUUUGCUUAUCUUCUUUCUUUUGCAAAGCAAAUUAAGCAUUCUGCAUACUUCAUUCACAGUGUAUUUUGUAUGCUUUGGGACAUCAGAAUAUCGGCGAUAUGGCGUUGGCGAAGUUCAUCAAUAUAAUGGACCGCGAUUUUGAGGGAUUGGCACUCGACCGUCUAUCCAAAGUCUUCUUUUACCGACCUCAAAAUUUCAGAGGUUCGCUUCACCAAAAGCAGGCUAUGCAGCACGUCAAAAUUAGGGCCGGAACGAAAGAAAAUUAUGGAAAGGGCUUGGAAAGAAGUUUAUCGUGUUGUAAAAGAAGCGGAAUUGUAUCUCAAACGGUGCUCAGGGGAAAAGUGGUGGGUCAAAUCCAUUACCUUGUCCACCACUGGAGAGGCCUAUGCCAUUCACGUACACGACCUUGCUUGGUCUGUGCUCUGUUUACAUCUGAAUCUUCUAUAUUCUCAAGGCCAAACUGAUGAGAGCUAUACAGCAGCAGCCUACACAGCAAUGGGGGAUUUCCAUGCAGAGAUGUGCAAUUCGAUGAGAAUUCACGACGAGACUGAAGAUAAGAUUCGAUUGGUUACUAUUUUCCAAGAAUUAUUAAAGGAUUGUGAAGAAAAGAGUGUGAGUGAUGAAGACAAAUCCAAGUUGGGGGUUGCGAGAUUUAUGUCGAGAAAGCUGCAAGCAACCAUUGGAAAUGAGCCCGCUGUUAAUUGCAAUCGUGUGGCUCCGUGGUUGCAAAUUGAUUCCAAAGAUUUAAUUCCCAAACUCAGAGUUAUUGGGGAGGGUACUUUUGGAAAAGUGUACGAGGGCUCAUGGCUUGGAGUGAAGGUUGCUGUUAAGGAGAUCUGCUGGUUUGGUGAGGAUAUCGACUCUUCUCUUCUAGAGGAAAUUGACGUUCAUGCAAAGCUGCAGAGCCCUUUCAUUGCUCAAUUGAUAGGCGUGUGUUUGCUAGAGAGAUGUUGCUAUCUUGUCAUGGAAUUCGUCAGCUUCAGCUUGGAUAGAAUCCUGAAAUAUCGGCUGGAAGGAGAUAGGCCCCCUUUGCCUCUACCUGUUGUAGUGGACACGAUGCUUCAAAUCUCAAGGGCAAUGGAGUACCUUCACAGCCGAAAAAUCAUGCACAUGGAUCUCAAAGCAUCUAAUGUCCUCAUACAGCCUUCAGAAGUACCAGAAUUCAGAGCCUAUGGCUAUGGGCAAGUUAAGCUGUGUGAUUUUGGAGAGUCUCGUUUGAGGCUCUACAGUUUCCGAUCUGCAGAAUUCUCGAGGGGGACUUGUUACUGGAGAUCGCCGGAAGUCUUCCAGUACCCCCAAGAGGGUUUUGAAGAAGACCUGGGGAUUUCAAAGCGAUAUACUCAAAAGGCAGAUGUAUACAGCUUCGCUAUGACUUGUUAUGAGAUACUGACGGGAAAGCUGCCCUAUGAGGGAGUGGAUGAGAGGAAUGUCUACGGAUUGGUAGUACAAGGCAAAAGGCCCAGUUUGCCGCCUUGGUGUCCAUCAGUACUAGGUGAUUAUAUAAAAACAUGCUGGGAUACCAAUCCGGACUGCCGCCCUAAUUUUACGCAUGUUUCAUAUUUUCUGAGGUACAUGAAGUUCUUGCUAAUGAGAGUGAACAAUUCUGGUCACUGGGACUCCUUAAAUGCUAUUUGCAAAAAAAUUGAUGUAGCUAAAUUUGUCAUGCUUGAUGGAGAAGGAGAACAAGGAUCAGACGAAAGCACUGUAAAUUUCAACGAAGAGGGCCUGAUAAUCAGAGCCCUAGACGGAAAUUUUCCUGAUUCUUUUCAGCCCUACCCUGUUUCUCAGCAGAGCGCUCAACCUUUAAGUCCCAAAGACAAAAUUUUUGUCAGCCUUCCUGAUUACAUUCAGCAAUAUUCCUACAAAGAAAUGCAAAAUGCUACAGAUGACUUCUCUAGGAAUGUUUCAGGAGUUUCGGGCUUAAUGUGGAAAGGCGUUUUGUCUGACGGGACUCAUGUAACUGUGAAAAAACAGCGAUUGGAAAUUUCAAUGAAGGAGAUAAGCAUGCUGUGGCAACUGCAUCAUCCCAAUGCUGUUCGCUUGCGGGGGGUCUCAGCAGGUGUGGAAACCUUUCUAGUAUAUGAUCACAUGGUAUUGGGCUCGCUUGCUGGACAACUUUUUCGUCCCACAAGCAUUCUCGACUGGAACAUAAGGAAAAAAAUUGGCAUCGCCAUAGCACGCUUCCUUUCUUAUCUCCAUGACAAUAAUGGAAAAAAGUUUCUGAAUAUCCAUCUCAAAUGUACUGAAAUACUCCUUGAUGAACGGUUUACCCCCAAGUUUUGUGGCUUUCUCUCUGUAAACCUAAUAGAUAUGAAUUCCAGAUUGCUGUCUUCUUCAGAGCAACAAAAUUUACAUCUAGCAUUACAGUAUGAAAAAUUCAGAAACAUACAGGAUUUUGGAAUUAUCCUACUAGAGCUGUUAUUGGGUUGCAAAUGGGAAAGUAUUCGAGAAUCCUUGCAAUCCAUCACUAAUUCGAUGGAGACACAAGGAUGGGAAUACAUCUCAAGGUUGUUAGACGAAAAGUUGCAGGGGCAAGUGGGUGAAGAAGAGGCAAUGAAAUGGGUGAAGCUUGCCUUGAGCUGUUUUGCCAGGUCUCCAUUGGAAAAACUACCCAUGAACAAAGCCGUACUGGUGAUGAAAGGAUUGGAGCAGUUUCCUGAAUUGCCGUCUAGCAGGAGCCUCAGAGACCUCACACCUAGCCAGAUACUCUACAUUACUUCAGCCAAACUAGAACAAGAUACUGGUAUGACAGAGAUGAGGGUUGCCUGGACAAUGGUCAAUAAUGGCAUUCAGAGAUCAGUAAGGAAUACUUCCUCCUCCAAGCGCGAGCAGAAGGGCCUGUUUUGAUAUGCUUAGAGGAUUGUGAAAGGGUUGUUGUCAAUUUUUGAAUGAGUUUCAACCAUGUAAAGUUGGCACAGAGAUCAUUUAUCUAACUGUCCUGGCUCCUAAUUCUCCCUCUUCUUUUUACUGCGGGUAGGGAUUUUAGACUGUUUUAGAAACGAUAGACAUUUAUGCUUGCACCUUGUGUGUUACAUCUAAGAGUUUAGCCUACAAAUUGCAGGUUUUUUAUUUAUUUUACUGUAUAAAAUAACACAAAAUAAAGUGGCAAUUGGAAGCCCCGAUAUGGGUAUGUAUGUUUGCCUAAUUGAGUGUAAUUCACCAAGGAAAACAGUGUGCUGUAACAUAGAGCAGCAUAGGUGAACAUGAAGAAUUAUCUGACACGAAAUUGAUAUCGAUAGUAUUGGUGUGUUUAGUCUUUCCUUCAGGCCUUAUUUACUCCAAGAAUGGUUUUGGCAUACAAAUGUUUUUCAAAGUUUCUAUUACACAUAAUUUUAAAUUUAAAUAUUAGAAGCA